CUGUAUCUGAUACUCAUCCAGAUCAGUUUGUAUACAAAACGUUGCCUCCCAGCAUACAGGUGGACAAAUCGGUGGAUGUAAUGAUGAAUAGCUACUUAGGUUUCUCUUUGGACUCUGGUAAAGGAAUUGUCUCCCAAGAUGAGAUGACUUUUGUGUCUGGUGCCCCAAGAGCCAACCACAGCGGAGCAGUUGUUUUACUGAAAAAAGAGAAAAAUCAGAGAGCACUUUCACUCGAGCACAUGUUUGAAGGAGAAGGGCUGGCCUCUUCUUUUGGCUAUGAUGUUGCUGUUGUGGAUCUCAACAGUGAUGGAUGGCAAGACAUUGUUGUUGGAGCCCCGCAAUAUUUUGACAGAAGUGGAGAUAUCGGUGGAGCUGUGUACAUCUACAUUAACCAGCAAGGCAAAUGGGAAGGAGUAGAACCUAUUCGCUUAAAUGGAACCACUGACUCCAUGUUUGGUCUUGCAGUUGAAAACGUUGGGGACGUUAAUCAGGACGGCUAUCCAGAUAUUGCAGUAGGGGCUCCAUAUGAUGGUUUUGGCAAAGUAUACAUUUAUCAUGGAUCCAAGAAUGGAAUAAACACAAAACCAGCACAGAUUCUUGAUGGUGAAAAAACAGGCACCAAUUUCUUUGGUUACUCUAUUGCUGGAAACAUGGACCUGGACAAAAAUUCCUACCCUGAUAUUGCUGUUGGUUCCCUUUCAGAUUCUGUAUCUGUGUUCAGAUCUCGGCCUGUGAUAAGUAUUAGAAGCAGCAUUACAGUACAGCCUGACAGAAUUGAUCUAAAGAAGAAGAACCCUGAAGACCCUAGUGAAAUAUGGAUGGAUGUGAAAGCAUGUUUUCAAUAUACUGCAAACCCCAGUGAUUUAAAUCCAAGAAUAAGGAUCAACUAUACAUUUGAAGCAGAAAACGAGAGGAGGCGGUUAGGCCUGCCGUCUAGGGUACGGUUUAAAGACUACCUCUCUGAUCAGUUUACUGCAAGUACAACCCUAAGGGGGCAGAACUCAAAAGAGUGUGUGACAACCAAGCUUGUACUGCAGGAAAAAAUUAAAGAUAAGCUACGCCCCAUUCCAAUAUCAGUCAGUGUUAAAAUUGCUGGCCUGGAGUCUAGCUCACCGCCUGCAAGAAAAGAGAGGGUACUUCCAGAUCUUAUACCAAUUCUGAAUUCAAAUGAAUCUGAAGCAAAGACCACGAAAGUGGAGUUCUUAAAAGAAGGAUGUGGAGAAGACAAUGAAUGUCACAGCAAUCUGAAACUUCAGUACCGGUUUUGCAGUAGAGAAGGAAAUGAAGACAGGUUUACUUAUUUACCAAUUGAAAAUGGCAUGCCAGUGCUUGUUCUGAAAGAUCAGAAAGAUAUUGCCCUGGAAAUAACGGUGACAAACAAUCCAUCUGAUGCAAAAAAUCCACAAAAAGAUGGUGAAGAUGCAUAUGAAGCUAAACUAAUUGCAACUUUUCCAGACAGUCUGACAUAUUCUGCAUUUAGGGAGAUGAGGGGUUAUCCUGAGAAACAACUAACAUGUGGUGCUAACCAAAAUGGUUCUCAAGCAGAGUGUGAACUUGGAAAUCCUUUCAAAAGAAAUUCUAAUGUAACCUUUUAUCUGAUCUUGAGUACUACUAAAGUUAAUGUUGAUACAACAGACUUGGACAUUAAUCUGAAGUUGGAAACAACAAGCACUCAAGUUAAUUCGACUCCAAUUACAGCUAGUGCUAAAGUGGUUCUUGAAUUGCUUUUAUCACUCACUGGAGUGGCUAAGCCUUCGCAGGUAUAUUUUGGAGGCAGCGUCAUUGGUGAGAGUGCUAUGAAAUCUGAAGAUCAUAUUGGAAACCUCAUAGAGUAUGAAUUCAGAGUAACUAACUUGGGCAGACCACUGAAAACAUUUGGUACUGCUUCCCUGGACAUCCAAUGGCCGAAAGAAAUUAGUAAUGGCAAAUGGCUGCUUUAUUUGAUGAAAAUAGACUCCAAAGGCUUGGAAAAAGUCUCCUGUCAGCCUGAGAAUGAAAUCAAUAGUUUGCAUGUUGCGGAAUCCCAUAACUCAAGAAGGAAACGUGAGGUUGCAGAGAAGCAGAUUACAGACAGCAAGACAUUUUCUUUAUUCUCGGAAAGAAAAUACAAGACCUUGGACUGCAAUGUGAAUGCACGCUGCGUGGAUAUAAAAUGUCCCCUGAAGGGUUUAGACAGCAAGGCAUCUAUUGUGCUGCGUUCCAGACUGUGGAACAGUACUUUCUUAGAAGAAUACUCCAAAAUGAACUACCUGGACAUUCUUGUUAGGGCUUCAAUCAGUGUUCCUGCUGCAGCUAAGAAUGUUAAACUCACAAAUGAAGUUGCUCAGGUGCGUGUUACUGUCUUUCCUGCCAAACCUGUAGCACUUUAUACAGGAGUACCUUGGUGGAUCAUCUCGGUGGCUAUUUUUGCUGGAAUACUGAUGCUUGCACUGUUGGUAUUCUUACUAUGGAAGUGUGGUUUCUUCAAGAGAAAUAAGAAAGAUCAUUACGAUGCCACAUAUCACAAGGCUGAGAUCCAUGCUCAGCCAUCUGAUAAAGAGAGACUUACUUCUGAUGCAUAGUAUUGAUCUACUUCUGUAAUUGUGUGGGUUCUUCCAGCGUUCUAGGUACGAAGACAGUGUCCCCCGAUAUCAUGCUGUAAGAAUUCGAAAAGAAGAGCGACAGAUCAAAGAUGGGAACUGCAAAGACCUUGAGACAAAACAGUGGUUCACAAAAUGGAAUGAAAAUGAAAGUUAUUCUUAGGGAAAAAUUAUUUUCAUCCACAAAGUUCAGAUAGAUGUUAAGGUUUUUCAUUAAUGGAAUACUGAUGGAGUUAGACCUAUGAACACUAUGGACAUUCACCAUUUGAUUGUAGAUAUUACUACUUAUAUUGAGGCUUUUGUUUGCACAGUUAAAACUGCUUCAACAAACUUUAUUUGCAUUAUUUAAUUUCCAGACUGCCUCUUUUUCCC